AUGUUGCACAAGGCUGACAUCAAACAUCUAUUACUUCGUCUACAAGCUCUCAAAGCCCUUGCAUGGCACCCUCUCCUCGUGCCACUCAUCCUGAUGGAGCAGAGGAUAGAAGGUACCGCAGAGAAACUCACCCUCAUGAGGGAUUCUCUCUACUCGGUAGAGAAGCGAACUGGAACUCACAAGAACUACCGUAAUGAUAAAUAUCAUGAAGAACUCAAUCACUAUGCUUAUGGUGAUAGGGUCUGGGAGCGGCGCCACGAGCAGGACGUUGACUUUGAAGCUGCUCCAGGAAAGAUCACUUCCAUCGCUUCGGACUGUGCCAUGACCGAGGCCAAAUGUCAAGUCAAUGAGAGUUUACUUGAUUGGAUACAGGAGCUAAAUGAUAGUCUUGCUAAACCCAAUACUGAUGAUGGUUCUUGGGAUAGAGCAUGUCUCAAUCUAAUGGCACAGCGUGAUAGUGCUUUGAACCUCCAAAAGACUGAAGCAGCACUUCGAGAUAGCUCCGACAUGAGAGCUAUAGCCUGGGUCACCCUCGCAUUUCUGCCAGCGACGUUUGUGGCGUACUUCUUUCUUCAGCUUUGA